AUGAUGUUAUUAUUGGAAAUUAUAAAAUAAACAAUAAUAUACUUUUACAAAAACGGACUCUUUGCGUCAUACAAGUAUAUAUCACAAUACGCUGCAUUAUUUGCAAAUUUCAGAAAUAAAACUAUCUAUGGAUGACCCAUCAAUCAAGAAAAGGUUGAUUGAUUUUGGUACUGACGACCAUGAUUACGAUGAGGUGCAAGAUCUACCCAAAGAAUCGAACGAUCAGCUGCUACAGUCAACAUCGCAGUCACACAAUAGCAGUAUUGACGACAACCCUGGCCCAAGCACUGUUGCCGCUGCUGGAGGAACAGCUGAGGACUCACCACCAGAACUUCCACCGCCAAAGCAAAAAUCUGUAAAAAAUUCAAAGAACAAACAGAAACAGAAAUCUGCGAAUAAAUCUAAAAUACCACGAUCUCCGUCUCUGGCGAGCAGCUUAAGCAAUUUAGCGAGCAGUAUUAGUGGUAUCAAUAACAACAAUAAUAGUGUUCCACCACAAACGCCCCCAUUGCCAACCAGUUAUCAAAAGGCGAAUAAAAUUAAGGUGAAACUUAUGAAUGGGGUAGAAAAAAAAGGUGUUGCAAGUGCAACACCUACAGUGACUACACAUGUGAUUCCUGAUCUUGACUGCAAAGGAUCUUCCAACAGCGACAGCAAUCUAACGGAUACUUGUGCCCUUGUAACUGAGAGUGACAGUGGCACUAAUUUGGGAACUGCCCAAGAUUAUCCCUGUACAUCGGGUUCGCGCUCCCAGAUACAAUCAUCUGCAAUCACUCAAGUGCAGAAACCACCCACUCCAAGCCCAGCUUCACCCAAAAAUUUUCAGUAUUUAACUCUGACUGUUCGAAAAGAUGACAAUGGCUAUGGAAUGAAAGUGUCUGGCGACAAUCCCGUUUUUGUGGAAAGUGUCAAGCCUGGUGGAGCUGCACAAAUUGCUGGUUUAGUGGCCGGAGAUAUGAUUUUAAAGGUAAAUGGGCAAGAAGUGCGACAAGAGAAACACCCGACUGUUGUUAGCUAUAUCAAAGCUUCUACAAUCGUUGAACUGGCUGUAAAACGCAGUCAAAAGUCUUCUAGGCCCAGCUCUGUGGGUGUCGUUCCAACUACACCAAUACUAUCAGGACGGGAUCGCACUGCCUCCAUCACAGGUCCACAGCCUGUUGACAGCAUAAAGCGACGGGAAAUGGAAACAUAUAAGAUUCAAACAUUACAAAAGAUGUUAGAACAAGAAAAAUUAAAUUUAGAUCGUCUUAAAGGCGACACAAAUAAUCCCAGCUAUAAACUGUCGGAGGCAAACAUACGAAAACUGCGCGAACAAUUACGCCAAGUGGGAGCAGAGGAUACGCCAAAUAUUAAGUGUCAAGCAGGCGAGAAAAAUACUGAUAUACUAAUGCACAAUCCAAUUCAAAAUUUGUCUGUCGCUACUCCUCAUCACAAUCUUCACAACAACAAUCAUCAUCAGCAACAGGUUAGCACCCAACAGUCGCAAGCAACUCAACACACUUCACCCGCAUUCCUAUCGCUACUGCCACGUUCACUUUCGUCCCUGUCUUUGGGUACGCGAAAGAAUAAAACUGACAAAGAAUUGCUAACCUCAACACUAAACAAUACAACGGACGUAUUACCUCAGCCAAGAGGUCAAGAAGCUUUUAAUCCAAUGUCGCAGUCACUUUACCACCACAUAAAAGCAAAUAUGCUAAGCCCUCAACAGAAUACUCAGCGAAAUUUGCAACAGCAAUGCGUUAAUCAGCAACAGCAAAGGUCUAAGGAAACUUUGAAACUAAGUGCGGGAUCAAAAAGUAAAAAUGUUUUUACAAUAUCUAAGAGUUUGAUUGAGGAAGACAUACCACCGCCUCUACCACAAAGAAAUCCAACAAGGCAACUUGCUUUAGAUUUGGCUAAUCAAAACAGUAUCCACCAGUUUUCUCCAAUUUCUGAUUCGGACCGUUCUGGCAGUCCGCAACGAACAUCACCGAAGCUAAUAGCCAUUAAUAAUGAUGUCAGUGGUCUUUUAUUUAAUAACAAUAACAACACUACAAAGUCAAAGCGAUCUAAAAUUAAGGCUAAAGCUUUAUCGGAUCCAAAAAUGACUACACAAAUGUUUUUGCAAAUGGAAACUUCUAGUAGGCCUACGGCAACAGAAGAUGUGGGUACUAGUAAAACACUUGAAGUUGACUCUUGUCCACCUCCAUUGCCUCCACGGCAGCCGGGAAUGCUGACGGAAGAGAUUAAUCGUGGUAGCUGUCAGAGCCUUGCACAGCCAAAUUCUUUAAGUGCUGGCUACAAUUAUCCACUGGUUUCAACCUGUACUGCAGUUCAAGGCGACAAUAUAAAGGUUGCUUUUCCACUAUCGCAACGCCCAAACAUUGUUCAAAAAUUACAACAAACCCAACAACAGCCACCCGGCUGUCUGUCGACUGCAGUAAGUACUUGGAGAUCAUAUCCAUAA